CGCUCCGGUAUUCUUAGUAUAAGGAGUGUUCAAAUAGGCCUGCGUACGUCUACGUAUUAAUUACAUUACCAUAACGAUAGACCCAGUGUCAAGUACGCGUGCCUACUACCAUAUUACGAUGUAGGAACCGCUGUCAAUGCGACAGGCUCAUUUCCUAUUCCGCGUUUUACUGAAGACAGCCGACUGUCUCUUGAAAUACAAAGGCUUGUAUUGUGGUAUUAUCGUAUGAAGUACUUACUAUCAUCCCGUUUAGGUAUUUUGCGGAACUUAUAUAUACGCUUGUAAAAUAAUACUCUUCUUACGUACUUAUGUGUAAGUAAAUAGAGUUUUUGAUGAAGUCUUAUUAAGUGUAUUACAAACUUUGCAAAAAUGUUUGACCCUGUAGCAUCUACUGCUAUUAAGGAUUCAUUUAUUUAUAAAUCUGCUGCACUGUAUCCGGUUUCUUUAAAGUCUAAUUCAAAUCUAUUCUGUUUUUCUACUGGAUUAUCUCACCUAAGUAGGUGCUUUACCUUUCUUAUAUUGUGUGCCUUUUAUUGUGUGUUGUAAACUUGCACUUUGCACUUGUGUGUUGUAAAACGUGCAAUCCAUCUUGUACUGUAAUAAACCAUCCGACGAUUUCUUUUUAAUUUAAUAUUUUUUGCUAAUAUAAAAUAGACGAGAGAAACUCAACUAGGUUACCUAAUUGCAAUAUCCUGAUUCCACCACCGUUCACAGGAAAAAGGGCCAAGUGCGAGUUCGUAGCGCCCUCUUUAUAUUAAAAAAAAAAGUUUCAGUGGUGCUAAACCUAUUCAAGUGCAAUAAUUGACCUAUAUAUUUGUACCUAUACAUUCUUACUUACUAUUUAUUUACAAGACAGUGUCCCAUGAUUUUGGACUGAAUUUUCUGUAUGGGUGUUGUAGUUACAUACUUGCCACAUUUUCUAGUGAAUUUUACCUGGAGUAGUAAGUACUAACUGGUUCUUAGUCCAGUUCGAGUAUUUCAAACCUAAACAAGAACAAAGUUCUCGAGUGGUUUAUUCUUAGCUCUGCUGUACCCUAAAAGCAAACCGGAAACAGGCAGAAAUGUCUAUAUCUAGACCACUUCCGUUAGGUAACAAAUUGGCAGUAACUCGAACUUAUUAUAAAGGCAGGACCUUAAUAAUAAGUCAUAUGUAAAAAAAAACAUAGGCUAUUUAUUAAUAAAAUAUACUAUAACUAAAAAGUGCCUCUUUUUGAAUCUUCUAGACAUACAAAACUACGUAAAUAUGUACUUAGCUAUCAAGAAAUCGAUUAGUUGCGCGCGCAGACUUUAUUCGGUGUUACAGUUUUACCAAGUUAAGCGAACACCGUCAGCUGGUUAUAACACCACCAGGUAGAUAUUUUUCUAGUAUUGCCCUUGAUUAUAACAUGUGAGGAUUAAAUUAUUUAUUAAAAUGUCCCUAUGAGGCGUCGCAGUAUUUAGUAGCAGGAAAACAGUGCUUUUUAGUGUCCUUUCUCUGAAACUUACAGAGUUCUUAAUAUAGUUCAGUAGGUAGGUUUUAUUUUUGUAACUAGAUCAAUUCCGAGUAGUGUUCAACGUUUAAAACUUAACAUUGUAAACUAGUUUUAGAUUCUAUUGUUUUAGCCAUCAUGCCGGGGGCCAGGCAUAAGAUCCUGGGGCAUGUCCUAUCAGGAUUCUGCCACAAAAUGAAUCGUCGUAAGCCCAUAUACGGGGACUCCUUGGACACUCCACUGAACCGGUGUCUCACCACACUAGACAUUACACUACUCGGCGUUGGUCAUAUGGUAGGAGCUGGUAUUUACGUACUGACUGGAACCGUGGCUCGCCACCUGGCGGGUCCAGCAACAGCUCUCAGUUUUCUACUUGCUGGAAUAACUUCUACCCUAGCUGCGCUAUGCUAUGCUGAAUUCGGCACUAGGAUUCCAAGAGCUGGCAGCGCGUACGCAUACACUUAUGUCAGCAUCGGUGAAUUCUGGGCCUUUAUAAUCGGUUGGAAUAUCGUAUUAGAAUAUAUGAUAGGUGCGGCAUCAGUGGCGAGAGCUUGGUCGGGGUACCUAGACGCAAUGUUGGAUGGCGCAAUAAGCAACGCUACUAUUUCCAUAACCGGGGAGAUGCACGAAACUCUAUUGAGUAGAUAUCCAGACGUCUUAGCAUUUUUAAUAUGCAUUGUAGCAUCGCUAAUCCUCGCUGUGGGGGUUAAAACUUCCGCCUAUAUAAAUAAUGGCCUUACAAUUUUAAAUCUUUUGGUUAUAUCUCUUGUCAUAUUUCUUGGAUUCUAUUACGCUGACCUGGGUAACUGGUCUGCGAAGAAUGGCGGUUUUAUGCCGUAUGGCGUUAGUGGGGUCUUAGCGGGCGCCGCUACAUGCUUCUACGCUUUCGUGGGUUUCGAUAGUAUAUCAGCAUCGAGUGAGGAAGCCAAAGAUCCGUCGCGCUCGAUUCCUAUCGCCACAAUUCUUUCUAUGGCACUUGUUGCGUUUGGAUAUAUUCUGGUUGCUCUAGCUUUGACUUUGAUGGUCCCUUACCAGAGUAUCAAUCCUGAUGCUGCUUUGCCAGCGGCUCUUGGAGCCGUUCAUGCAGACUGGGCUAAGUACGCUGUGGCUGUCGGCGCGGUGUGUGGGAUGACCACUACACUGUUGGGCUCAUUAUUUUCGUUACCACGAUGUUUGUAUGCAAUGUCUGCUGACGGUCUUCUCUUUGGUUUUUUGAGCGAUAUCAGCAACAAAUCCCAAAUUCCAAUUAUCAAUCUUAUCAUAUCUGGAUUCUCAUCAGCUUUGAUCGCACUUCUGUUUGAUCUGGAAAAGCUUGUUGAGUUCAUGUCCAUAGGAACUCUGUUGGCAUACACUAUUGUUAGUGCUGCAGUUAUUAUUCUGAGGUAUAGGCCGGUGCCCCCCAUGGAUGAAAAGAAUAGUUUCGGUGUUCCUCAGCUGGAAUCUCCUGGAGACCGCGAAGAUAGCUCUGCGACCGGCACUCCGGCUACUGAUUGUGGUUCAUCUUCUUCUGAGAUGUUCGAGGCUUUAACAGUUGGCCGCUUGCGAGCUCAGUACGCCUGGUUGGAGCCACUGGCUGGUGGCAGGGCUCCAGGGGCUGCCGUUACCAGCUGUGUAUACACGUUCACAGCAGCGGCGGCUGCGCUGUGCGCCCACAAUCAUUUCUUAGCUGAACCCGCAGGCCUAUGGGCCUUGCUACCGGACUUUAUCCUCAGUUUCAUCAUUGUUGCCUGUCUUGUGAUCAUCUGGGCUCACCAGCAAAGUCCCACGCGGCUUCCGUUCCGAGUACCGUGGGUGCCACUUCUCCCAGCCGCUAGCGUCUUGCUAAAUGUGGAGCUUAUGAUCAACCUUAAUGCACUUACUUGGGCACGAUUCGCUAUUUGGAUGACUUUCGGCUUACUCCUAUACUUCCUGUACGGUAUCCACCACAGCAAGUUAGGCGAGGGUGUCACUGGCCUCCUAUCUCGUUCCGCCAGUGGGGGAGGUCACAGCGGCGGGUGGGGAGCCGUCGAGAAGACCAGCGCCAUUGCUCGACGCGUGGGUCGGUUCGCCCGUGGCAGUAAGGGCGAUGACCGCAAACCAAUCAUCAGUGACGACGAACUUUCAAGACGCGAACCGUGAUUUUAAAUCGCUAUGUAUUUAUAAUUUAAUUUUAAUUUUUGUCUAUAAUUUUAGCUUGUUAAAAAUCAUUUGAAGAAUGUAUUUGUAUAAGUGGAGCUCUUCACUGUGAUCAUAAUGGCGCGAAUUCGGAUAUCUGAGUGUUGGGCUUAAUUCACACUGACGCGGAAUGAGGCGUAAGUUUUGUAUAUUGAACUUUAUAGACAUCUUUUACGAAAAUAAUGAACGCUCGUUUUCUAUCUAGGUAAUUAAGAAGAAUAUUUCCACGGCAGUGUGAACUGAGCUUUUUGGUUGCAAAACUAUAUCGUUAUUACGCUUUUAAAUAGGGCUUCAUAAGUGUUUAUAUAGGUCUUAACUGGCAAAUAGCGAGGGUAUAUUUAGAAAAUAUUUACCUUUUAUGUAAUACAGUAUAUAAGCCAAAGUCUAUGAUAUUCCAUUGUAAAGGGUUAGACGCACGAUUUCGAGUGAUUUUUAUUAUAUGAACUUAUUUUUGAAUUACUAAUUAGACACAAGAAAAAAGAAAUAUUUACUCCAGACAAAAUAGAUAUAUAGGAACCAUACGAUUUGACGCUUCAAAAUAUAUACCUACUUGCAAGUAUGUAGCUGCAGUUAUUAAAAAAACAUUGUAAUUAAUAAAUAGGGUCCCUUACAUAAUAGGGCAAAUAGCUUACAAUUAGAAUCUCGUAUCUUUUACGUACUUCCUGAAUGAAUAUACCAAUGUAAUCGUGAUAGAACAAGGUAAUAGAAUAUAGGUUAAUUUGCUCUGAAAAUUUUCAAAACUAUGGAGACUUCCUUCAUUAUUUUGUAACAAAUAUUUUUUUUUAAGUAAUUAUAAACUGUCUUUAUAUCUUCAUGCUUUAUAGGGCUCAAUGUUAAAAAAAAGAAAACAAAUAUUUAAAUGCAUUUUAUUGUCAAACAAAAUUCAUUUCAUAGUGCCAUAUUGAUGUCAAGUAUAACAGGGUCAAUUAAUGUUAAAAGCAAAAAAUGCUGCAAAAACUCAUUAAAAUGAGAUUUGCAAUAACACCAAAACAUAGCUUUUUUACUUGUUUGAAUGGCUGGAAUCUAAGUGUGGAGCAUUGAAUGCGAAUUACAAACAUUGGUUUAUUUAUAUUUAUAUUGAAACUAUGAGGAAAUAAGACAGAGGUAAUCAUUGUUAUGUUUUAAAACCAUUUACUGUUACACAAGGAAAAUGCUUCAUGGUAAUAUUGUUGAUGUAUGCACAAAUUGUUACUAGUAAAAUACAUCCUGUUGUCUCACUAAAAGAGAAAAAUAGUUACUUCCAAAGUGUUAAUUUUUACUAUUUAUUUAAGGUUUAAACGUUAGAUUAUUGCAUGUUAUUGCUUUACACAAAUGUACUAUUAUAUAAUUACGUAAUAAUUCCACCUUCCCGUAUUAGUGUUAGGAUAAUUUGCGCAAAAAAUUAUAAAAAAAACGAACUAUUACAUCGUUGUUAAAAGAUUGUAUAUUUUAAAUGUUGAUGUGUACAUAAAGAAAUAUAAUAAUAAGUACGUCA